AACUCAUUAUGCCCCUAUUUUUACCAUUCACAAACUUCCACCUACUUUGUCAUCAAUCUAGAACAAAUCUCGGAACAAAAAUGGCGACACCGGGAGCAUACGAAGAACACCUCCCGGCAGUUCCCGAUUGGCUCAACAAAGGCGACAACGCAUGGCAAAUGACAGCAUCUGCACUCGUCGGACUCCAAAGCAUGCCGGGACUCGUCAUCCUCUACGCCUCCGUCGUCAAAAAGAAAUGGGCGGUCAACUCCGCCUUCAUGGCCCUUUACGCCUUCGCCGCCGUCCUCAUUUGCUGGGUCUUACUUUGCUACCGGAUGGCUUUCGGCGAUCAACUCUUUCCUUUCUGGGGGAAGGGAGCACCGGCGUUGGGUCAGAAGUAUCUCGCCCGUCAAGCCGUCCUGCCUGAGACCAUUCACUAUUACAGCGACGGCAGAGUUGAAUCUCCGGCGACCAAGCCGUUUUAUCCGAUGGCUACGAUGGUGUAUUUUCAGUUCACUUUUGCUGCUAUUACGAUGAUUCUGCUGGCUGGAUCUGUGCUUGGGAGGAUGAAUAUCAGGGCUUGGAUGGCUUUCGUUCCUCUGUGGUUGGUGUUUUCAUACACCGUCGGAGCAUUUAGUCUGUGGGGUGGUGGUUUUCUGUAUCAUUGGGGUGUUAUUGACUACUCCGGCGGCUAUGUUAUUCAUCUGUCAUCAGGGAUAGCCGGUUUCACUGCUGCCUACUGGGUUGGGCCAAGGUUAAAAAGUGAUAGGGAAAGGUUCCCUCCAAACAAUGUAUUGCUGAUGCUCGCCGGAGCCGGAUUACUAUGGAUGGGGUGGUCUGGUUUCAACGGCGGAGCUCCAUAUGCAGCUAACGUUCCUGCUUCAGUGGCGGUGUUAAACACAAACAUAUCCGCCGCCACAAGUCUUCUCGUUUGGACGACUCUCGAUGUGGUUUUCUUUGGAAAGCCAUCGGUGAUUGGAGCUGUUCAGGGUAUGAUGACAGGCCUAGCCUGCAUUACUCCGGGAGCAGGGGUGGUGCAAUCAUGGGCGGCGAUAGUCAUGGGGAUACUUUCCGGCAGCAUUCCAUGGUUUACGAUGAUGAUCCUUCACAAAAAAUCAAUUUUGCUUCAAAAGGUGGAUGACACCCUAGGUGUGUUUCACACACAUGCAGUAGCAGGUCUCUUGGGUGGUCUAUUGACCGGUCUACUUGCUGAGCCGACCCUAUGCAACAUGGUUUUACCAGUUAGCGGUUCAAGAGGUGCAUUUUAUGAAUUUUUCAUGCCAUUAAGGAUGCCUGAAAACGAGUUGAUGAUCGGUGAUGAUGCUGUUCAUGGAGAAGAAGCAUAUGCAUUGUGGGGUGAUGGUGAAAAAUAUGAUCCAAAUAGACAUGGCUCUAUUUUUGGAGCAGCUGAGCUAACGCCAAAUGAUCAUAAUUAUAACCAUACCACAGCUAGAGGCGUUACCAUUAAUUUGUAG